CGAGGCAAUGCUUGCUAUCUUCAGUUGGAGGGACUGACUUUUCACAUGGUGUAUUUUUGAAAAGAUUUAAAGCCUAUCUUGUAUAGAGAAUAUUUAAUCAUUUAGCUAAAAAUGGUAUUUUUUACAUGCAAUGCAUGUGGUGAAUCAGUGAAGAAAAUACAAGUGGAAAAGCAUGUGGGUGUUUGCAGGAACUGCGAGCGCCUUUCCUGCGUUGACUGCGGUAAAGAUUUCUGGGGCAAGGACUACAAAAACCAUGUGAAAUGCAUAAGCGAAGACCGGAAGUACGGCGGCAAAGGUUAUGAAGGGAAAGCCCACAAAGGCGAUAUCAAACAGCAGGCGUGGGUGCAGAAAGUUAAUGAAUUAAUAAAAAGACCCAAUGUCAGCCCCAAAGUGAGAGAACUUUUAGAGCAAAUUAGUGGUUUUGACAACAUUCCCAGGAAAAAGGCAAAAUUUCAGGAACCAGCCAGUAAAGGGCAAGAGCAAAAGCCACUCAACCAAGUGGCAAAGCCACCUGCAGAAAUCAGCACCACGGUGGCACCUUCCAAAGCCAAUGACACCACGCAAGGACAAGCAGAGGCAAAGAAGAACAAGAGAGAGAGGAAGGAAGAGCGGCAGAAGAAAAGGAAAAAAGAAAAGAAAGAACUAAAAUUAGAAAACCACCAGGAGAAAACCAAGAGUCAGAAGUCUAAAAAGCGCAAAAUGAGGCCUGAGGCCGAGCAGGAGGCGGGAGGGAAGGGUGCCCCCUCAGCCACGGGCCCCAAAGGGAACAAGAGCCAGGGGCCGAGGAGCACAGGCGAGUGUGGAGUGAAUGGAGAUGUGGACAAGGAAGAGACAAACAUGGGAAAAAGGAAACAGAAGCUUUCCGAAGUUGAAGCAUAUUCUAAGAAGAAAAAGAUUAAGUUCCCAGGACUGGCUGAAGGCGGAGAGCCAGAAAAUUAUGAAGCUCCUGCUAAGGGUAAAUUCAGUUGGAAGGGGACUAUUAAAGCAGUCCUGAAGCAGGCCCCAGACAAUGAAAUAGCAGUCAAAAAGCUAAGGAAAAAGGUUUUAGCUCAGUAUUAUGCGGUGAUGAACGAACACCACAGGUCUGAAGAGGAGCUCCUGGCCAUCUUCAACAAGAAAGUCAGCAAGAACCCUGCCUUCAAGCUACUCAAGGACAAGGUCAAACUUUUGAAGUGAACAUUUUUAUAUUUAAUAAAUUGAGUCCAUUCUGUUGAUUUCUUCCUUUCACUGCUGUUUGUAAAACAUGUAAUA